ACAAAUAACAGAAAAUCGUCGCGAAGAUGCCGUCGUCGUCGACGCAAGUGCUUGGGCCAGCAUGGUUUGCCGACGUCAAGUCGGCUACAGCCGGCCCUCCGUCGAAGAAGAAGGUGGAUUUCGAUCGAAGCGAGUUUGUCCGUCAAGUGAAGGCCGCGAUCGAGUCCACUGGCAAGGUGAACGACCCAGGAUUCGUCCGCGAGGUCAAGCGUCGCCGCGACUUCGCCAUCGACCUGGUCCAAGCCUACCCGCACUUUUCCGAAGCACAGUCACUGCAAUUGCUUUUGGGUCUUGCCGUCGACUUGGGCAGCCAAGACAUGUCGCUCUUGGUCCGAUCGCUGCCGUCCAUGUUGCGUGCGCAUUUGGUUUUUCAAGUACUCGCGGCCGCCCUCGGCUUCAACCCGCCCACCGACCUGGAGACGUACAAGCACGUAAAGCGAGGCCUCGUGCCUCUUCCAGAGCAAUUCUUCUUGCUCAUCGGGUCUGUGCCGUCGGGGUAUUCGUUCGUGCUGCAGCUGCGGAGCGACCUCGCGUCCUGCGUGAAGAAGUUCCGCGACGCCUUAUCCGACCACGAACUGCACGCGCUCUCAUUCCUCGACAAACUCAUGCGCGACCUCUUUGCCACCCAGACCGGCGUCCACUUCCGACGCAUCGAACUCAAGCCCGACAACCGCGAAGUCCUCCGCGUGAUCGUACAGAACGAGCGCGUCCACGCCAUGCGCUCGUUCGACGACCUUGCGCGUCGCCUCAACGGACCGCGGCGCCAAGUGUUUGGGGUGUUCCACAGCAACAUCUCACACCUGCCGCUGGUCAUCGUCGAGACCUUCUUCACAACGUACAUGCCCACGGCCAUCGAUGCCAUCCUCGAGCCAUCGCCCGUCCAUCACGCUACCGACAUGGACGCCGCAUCCCUUCACCGCCCUCCACCCACCUCCAGCCAAGAAGCAGACACGCAUACACAUCAUCAUGCACACGACGACGACGACAGUCUUCCCACGCACGGGGUGUUUUACUCCAUCUCCAACAUGCACGUGGGGUUGCGGGGCCUCAACUUGGCGAGCCAUCUGCUCUUCCUGACCAUCACGCACUGCUCCAAGCUGUACCCGUCCAUCCACACAUGGGUCACGCUGUCGCCCGUGCCGACGUUCCGCGCUUGGCUGCACGCGCAACUGGUCGCGGGCACGGCGUCGCUCUCAUCCGACACCCUGCAAACAAUCGAGCAAGAGUUUGGAGUCAACAGAUUUGCUGCCCCCAAGUGGCUACUGGCCCAGCUCGACACCCACAACACAAGCCCGAGAUUUACCGCGCUCGCCCGCCGCGUACUCGUGCGGCUGUGUGCCACGUACGUUUGCUUUGCCAGACAAGUGGCGACCCACAAGAUCAUCGACCCCGUCGCCAACUUCCACCUCCAAAACGGCGCCCAAGUCGAAAGCGUCAACUUCCACGCGGACACGGCCGACCGCGGCGUGUCCUUUGGCGUCAUGAUCAACUACAAGUACUCGAUGCACCUUGCCACGGACAACACGUCCAUCUCGUACCAGCGCGACUCGACCGUCGCCGUCUCGCCGUCGGUCAUGCCGCUCCUGAUCAACAUGUCGCCACCCCACCACCACCACCACCCGUUCCUCCAAGCCAUCCAAGACCUGGACCACAACAAGAAGCAUGACAUUCACGUUCUCGCAACCCAAUUCGCCAAAGGCACGACCAUCUUGCGGCGCGGCCAACUGCCCGACGCCGUCUACUUUAUCUGCCUCGGCCAAGUGCGAGUCGAUACGGUCCCGUCCAGCAUCCUCGCGCAAGGCCAGUCGUUUGGAGACGCCGAAGUCGUCAACGGCGAGCCCGUCCGCUUCAGCGUCGUCGCCAUGUCCGUGUGCCAUGUGCUGUUUGUCCGGCAUAAGGACAUGGUCACGUUACUCGACUUAGUUCCUUCCCUCCGACCAGCAGCACCACCCACGAGGAUUGACAGUCGACUGUAAUCGCCAACACAACAUGGGACGUCUUGAAUAUUGG